AUGACCCAGCAGGGUAAAAACACCGCCGGUUUGCUUUCAAUUCCGGCGGCAGCCACCCAGAAAUCUGGCUCUGGUGCACCCGCAAAGAAAGCGCCCAAACCCCCAGCGCCCCGUCUCAAACUGCUCAUUCGACGCCUACCACCGGGGCUAACCCAGGCAGAGCUGGAAAACGCUUUGGGUCAACAGUGGAAAGUCGGAGCAGGAAAAGUUGACUGGCUUCAAUUCAAGCCUGGCAAGGUGUCGAAAGACCCCGCCAAACCAUCUCGUCCAUCUAGGGCUUACAUCCACGUUGUGUCGUCCGAAUGUGUCAAUGCACUCUCCGAUACUGUACGAAAUGCCUCUAUCCAGGAUGCCCGCAACACUCUCCACGAUCCCAUCCUGCUCGGACCUCCUUCGCUGGAGUUUGCACCCUAUGCCAAAACACCCGGCAGUCGCUCGCGCAAAGAUGCACGCCAGGGUAUGAUAGAUCAGGAUGCAGACUUCAUUGCUUUCCUGGAAAGCUUGACUCAGCCAAUCACCCGACCUGCUGGUGUCGACGCCCCAGCUGAUGGUGAGGAAAAGAAGAAAGAAGCGAUGACGACAACCCCUCUUGUUCAGUACAUCAAGGACAAGAAAGCGAGCAAGUCAAAGGAUGGAUCAGGAUCCAGGUCCAAGCACAGUCGGGCCGAAAAAGAGUCCAAGCAAGAGAAAGUGCAAGCUAAGAAACUGUUACAGCGGGGUGACAAGGAGAACAUUGCAGCCUCUUCAGACAAAAAGGGCAAGGGUGAAAAGCCGAGCAGCAAGGAAUCCGCAAAGGCAGCGAAGGCAAGCGCUACCAAUGCGAAGGCAGGCAAGUCUAAUGCAGCAGCCAACUCCACGAAAGAACCCACCAGUGCACCUGAAAUGAAACGAGAGCGCGGAAACCCUACAGUGGCGACCAAGAUCCUCCAACGCGAUCUUGGAUUAUCGACUUCAGGCGGACGGCGACGCGGCAAAGGUGCUGCCGCCGAAGCUACGUCUUCCAAAAACGAUUCCCCGCGAGAAUCACCUGCCCCCACGAACGAUGCGCCCAAGAAAGAACCCAAGUCCGCCAAGAACACACAGGCUACGUCUAAUGCCGGAAAAGGAAAAGAUAGCGAAUCUUCUACAAAAGCCGAUACAACCUCUGCGCCUGCAAACCCACCUGCCAAGUCUUCCAAGGGCAACAAAUCCAAGGCUCAAUCUACUGCGAAGCAGGCGUUCCUCAAACACGCCAACCCAUCGCAAGGAGUGACCGAAGCCCUUCUCGAAUCUGCAUUUGGGUCAUUCGGGGCAGUCACCAAGGUUGAAAUCGACAAGAAGAAAGGAUUUGGAUACGUUGAUUUCGCAGAGCCGGACGGGCUUCGAAAGGCCAUCGCUGCCAGUCCUGUCUCUGUUGCGCAGAGUCAAGUGGUGGUGCUGGAGCGCAAGGAAAACCCCGGCAGUGAGAAAUCUCGCAAAGGUCGCGAGGCCAAUGCAAACAAGACCAAGGCGCCUGCUGAGCCAUCCGCCCCUGCGAACGCUGGAGCUGGCAAUGCAGGCUCAGGCAAUACUGGAGGCAAUACCGGAUCCUCACGUGGAUCCCGUGGAGGACGAGGCUCACGGAACAAAGGACCUAAGGGAGCUGCAGCUUCGGAGAAGACUGCGACUGAGGCAAAGUAA